AUGCUCACAGGUCUGAAGAGAAACUUAUCUACAUCUGAGAUAGUUGAACAUGCUGUUUUAGCUCGGAAGUUAUUAUCCACUGAAGUUGUCCCAAUUAGCAAUGUCGUGUUUAUGGGAAUGGGAAAACCACUUCACAACAUUGAGAAUGUCAUAAAAGUGGCAGACAUAUUGGUAGAUGAACAAGGGUUGCAUUUUAGUCCUCGGAAGGUCACCGUUUAUACAAGUGGGCUUGUGCCCCAACUUAAGCCCUUUCUUCGCGAGUCUAAUUGUGCUUUGGUAGUCAGUUUGAAUGCUACAACGGAUGAGGUCAGAAGCUGGAUCAUGCCAAUUAACCGCAAAUUUAACUUGAACUUGCUUCUUGGAACACUAAGAGAAGAUCUUCAGUCAAAACAUAAAUACAAAGUUCUGUUUGAGUAUGUAAUGCUUGCCGGAGUUAAUGAUAG